GACUCAGAUUUCCAUUGGGUUCCUACUGGAAUAUACUUGAAAGGGAAAUCACUUCAGGACUCUGGAAGUUGUUUUGUUUGUUACAAGAACAGAGCAUUCACUACAGAGGCAUUUCAGUAGAAGAAAAAACAACUAACACACUACAAUGAGGGGGCCUGCAAUGAAUCAGUAUGUAGUAGUCAGGCCACUCUACUCAGAAGACUCUUUCAAGAAAGACAAUGCAAAAGUGCAUCGAUACCACAAGUCUAUCCUGGACCACGUGAAGCUUUACUUCAGUUGUUCCAAACAAAAAGCAAAAAAUACAGCUUUGACGCUAUUUCCAAUAGCAUCUUGGCUCCGGGCUUACCAAGUAAAGGAGUGGCUUUUCAGUGACAUUGUCUCUGGAAUCAGCACUGGACUUGUGGCUGUUCUACAAGGUCUUGCCUUUGCAUUGCUGGCUUCAGUUCCCCCUGGUUAUGGACUAUAUUCAGCCUUUUUCCCAGUUUUAAUCUACUUCUUUUUGGGCACUUCAAGGCAUAUAUCAGUGGGUCCGUUUCCAGUGCUGAGUUUGAUGGUUGGCUCAGUAGUUACCAAGUUAGUCCCGGAUGCUGCAGGACCAAAUGUAAAUUCAACUGAGGAGAUGUCUAUAGAGGAAAAACGGGUCAUCGUAGCUGCAUCUGUAUCUUUUCUGGUUGGGAUUUUUCAGGUAAAACUAAAUACACUGGAAAGUAUUUUCACACAGAUCACAGACUCGAAUGUAGCAGAUAUUGUUACUUCAGUUAUUAUCAUAGUUAACUUGUUCAUUGUGAAAGAAAUCAAUGAUCGAUAUAAAGCAAAACUGCCUGUCCCCAUACCCAUUGAAGUGAUCCUGACCAUCAUAGCAUGUGGAGUAUCCUACGCGUUUGAUUUUAAAACACUAUAUAAAGUAGAUGUCGUUGGAGAAAUAAUAAAGGGAUAUCAGAUGCCAGUGGCACCCAGUUUAGAAGUUUUCCAGAGCAGUGUUAUGGAUGCCUUUUCCAUGGCCAUUGUUGGAUUUGCUGUAGCCUUUUCUGUUGCCAAAGUAUACUCCGUUAAGCAUGACUACGUUAUUGAUGGCAAUCAGGAGUUAAUAGCUUUUGGUGUCAGCAAUAUAUUUUGUUCAUCUUUCAAAGGAUUUGCAGUUAGUACUGCCCUUUCAAGAAGCGCUGUACAGGAAAGCACAGGGGGGAAAACACAGAUUGCUGGUCUGAUUUCAGCUUUACUGGCAAUGGUAACCACAGUGGCAAUUGGAUUCCUUUUAGAACCACUUCAAAAGUCUGUUCUGGGUGCUUUGGUGGUUGUAAACUUGAAGGGGAUGUUGAUGCAAAUGAGGGAGAUCCCAUAUCUGUGGAGAAAGGACAGACCUGAUUGUGUGGUCUGGGUGGUGACUUUCAUUGCUGCAGUGUUUCUUGGACUUGACCUGGGAUUGGCAGCUGGGUUAGGAAUUGAACUUGUGACAGUUGUAUUUAGAACUCAAUUUCCACGCUGUUCUGUUCUGGCCAACAUCAAGGGGACGGAUGUUUACAGGGACAGAAAAGAUUACGUUAGUAUAUAUGAGCCUGAAGGAGUAAAGAUAUUUAGAUGCCCAUCACCAAUUUUCUUUGCCAACAUUGAAUUCUUCAGAGAAAAACUAAUUGCUGCCGUUGGAUUUAAUCCAAUGAGAGUCUUACGAAAGCGUAACAAGGCCUUAAGGAAAAUCAAGAAGCUUUUAAAGAAAGGAGAGCUGCAGAUAACAUCAAAAGGUUUCUUCUGCGUAGGUCCUGGAGCUGGUGAUGUUUCUGAAGAUGAGGGGACCAUUGAGGAACUGGACCAGCCCACUAACUUUGAGGAUUUGCCUGUUCAGAUCAAUUGGAAUGCUGAACUCCCAGCCAUCAUUCAGGUCCCCAAGAUUGAUUUGCAUAGCGUCAUCCUUGACUUUGGAGCUGUAUCAUUCGUGGACAUUUCAGCGUUGAAGGGGCUUAAAGCGUCAUUGAAAGAAUUAAUCAGGAUUGAUGUGGAUGUCUACAUUGUUGGGUGUGACUGUAAUGUUCUGGAAAAACUUGAACAAUGUUCGUUCUUUGAUGAUGAAAUAAAGACCUCCAUCUUUUACCUGACCCAUCAUGAUGCCAUGCUGCACAUUUUACAGAAACACCCUGACUGCCAGGAGGAGUUAAAGCCAGCAAAGGCGGAUGACCACAUGGUUCAACAUGUUGGCCGUGGAAGUUUGAGAAACAGGGAGAAUGCAGUUCCAAUUUCUGAGACAAAAUUUUAAGCAUCUGAAGGAAAUCUGGGGUGUUCAUCAACCUGAAAAUGAACAAUAUUCCAUUUGUACAAAUGGAUGUGAUAAUUAUUGGGUAGUUACUACUUGUUAUAGGGUAGAAAACAAUGAAUAUGUGUUUAUCUAACAAAUAACGAUAACAUGGUUAGUCAUAUUGUGCUGUUUGACUCCUCACUCAAGCUACAGCAUACUUUUAUUUGUUGGUUCAAUUAAAUGUCCUUCGAAUGAGAUGUAAAACGAGCUCCUAUUGCAAGUGACUCUGCAGCAACAGUUAUUGAUG